UACGACUGGUUUCAGUAGAGUACGGGUGGAAGGGGUUGGUAUUCAUGUUUUGACAAACUCGCUAUUAGUAGAAUAAAGUUCACAGUCCGACAUUCUUGCACAAGAGCAACGCAAGCAAAAUCAUGGCCAAGGCGUAUGUUUUGCUCGCCCUGGUCCUAGUAGCGAUCAUCUACUCCCGGGGCGAACCUUCUCCUAUGGUCCAGGACGGAGAGUAUGGCAGUCACGAGCAUGAGCAUCAUCGCAGGCACGAGCGGGGUCCCCACGGCGAGCAUGGUCACGGAUCCCACAGCGGCGAGCAUGGUCACGGGUCCCACCAUUGCAAGCACGGUGAUGGGUUCCACCAAGGCGAGCAUAUUAAUGGAUUCCACCACAGCGGGCACGAGCGUGUUUUUCCACACGGCAAGCAUGGCCACGGCCCACACCACGCCGUUAGACAUUAUCGGCACAAUCCUCACCACGGAUACUAAUUUCGUCAUUGACAACUCCUGUUACUAAUGUGAUCAUUGAUCUCCUGGACUCCAACUGAUACAUUCUGAUCCUUGUGAUACCGCAAAUUUGACUGAACUGAUCACAGCGCUUCCUAUUUUAUUGUCAUUUUAAUUUCCCUUCCAUUUAAACAUGUUAUGUAACAAGGAGUGAGAUAAUAAAGACGACAGAUUUUA